UGUAUUCCAAAGUGUUACCAAAUAAACUAUAGGUGUGUAGUGUAUAGUGCGUUAUACACGUUAAAUAGUAUUAAACGUGUAUUAACUUUUUAAAACUGUUUUUUUUUCUAGUAUUAUCAAUCACAAUGUGGAUCCUUCAGAAAGUACAGGCGGGAGCAGAAAGUCUUCCGAUGCAGAUUAAUCAUCUCAUCAGCAAACAUAAAGAGGAGAUUUCAGCCAAGACCAGCAUCCUCAAUAAACUGCACUGCAACGUCCUCACGCCUGAUAAAAUCCCUGACUUUUUUCUGCCGCCCAAGCUGACCAAGCACUGCCUCAUGGCAGACGCAGAAAAAAUUGUGCAAUGUCUGAACGAAGAACAAAAAGUUCCCAGCUCAGCAAAAACAUCAUUGUCAAGACCUGCUACUGCCCAGCCACUAAGAGCGAGUCUAAAAAAAUCUACAGCAGCUUUGAACAAACUCAAACCCAUUCCAUAUUCACUGAAAUGCUACGAGUACGGUUUAUUCGAGAGUCCGAACACGCGGCGCAAAGAGUCUUUGUUCCAUUCGACACUUACCAGUUACACACUAGAACGAAUGACCAUCAAAACACCCAAAUCUUCCUGUAGAGCAGUGCUGAAAGCAGCCAGCACUGAGAGUGACACGCCCUCUGCUGACUCCUCCCCUUAUUCCACUCCUCCACCAAUCAGAAGAGAGGAUUUCACCAGUGAACAGUCAUUGUCUGAAGAUCCAGUUCAGCAAGAUAUGCAAGCCUCUAAAAAUGAGAAAAAUAAAGAUCACCCCACUCCUGACAAAAAGUCCAUGUCGAAAGUACAUCACCAUGCUAAAGUUAUUCAAACGUCCCGUUGCACCAAACUAGCCCCGCCCAUCCAGUUCCCACUGGACAUGCUGCACUGCCAGGAACGCUUCCACCAGGAACACGUGCUUCCUCUUCCUCAGAGAGGCCGAGUGCGCAUUUCUGCCUUCAGGUCCAGUGCAGCCAGGUGCUCUAUGACAAUUCGCAUCCGCGUAGUCUCGGUGGAAGGCUUGAGAGAUCCUGGUGACCCUCGACCUCUGACCUGCAGCAUGACCCUAAGCCUCACCCCAGGCAAGCUGCAGAGGCAACACAGCGCCAUCAUCAGGAACUGCCGCAACCCUGUGUUCAAUGAAGACUUCUUCUUUCAGGAACCAGAGGAGCAGCAGGGCAUUCUGGGAGAUCUGGCCCUCAGACUGAAGGUGCUGGAUAAGGCCUCAGGAUUGGGCAGAGGAGUGGUGCUGGGAAUUGUCAUCAAACCUCUCUGUCAGCUACUGCCACUGUGAGACACAAACACUCAAAGACACAUGC